AUGGAUCGUGAAGAGGAUGGAUUGGCUUGUCCAGUGAUCUCUAAUCAAGAUGCGACUUUCGUCUACAUCAAGCACAACAAUAUCUAUCUAGUUUCAACGUGUCGUACAAAUGUUAACGUUGCUCUGGUCCUGUCGUUCCUGUUCAAAUGUGUUGAGGUCUUCACUGAAUAUUUCAAAGACGUCGAAGAGGAGUCAGUGCGGGAUAACUUUGUUGUUAUUUAUGAACUACUUGACGAAAUGAUGGAUUUCGGAUUUCCACAAACUACCGAGAGCCGUAUCCUGCAAGAAUUCAUCACUCAAGAAGGUCACAAACUAGAGGCCGCACCGCGACCUCCAAUGGCUGUUACAAAUGCUGUUUCAUGGAGAUCAGAAGGCAUCAAAUACAGGAAGAAUGAGGUGUUCCUGGAUGUAAUCGAAAGCGUAAAUAUGCUUGCGAAUGCAAAUGGUACAGUGCUACAAAGCGAGAUAGUAGGCUGCGUAAAAAUGCGAGUGUAUUUGACGGGUAUGCCUGAACUACGUCUUGGUCUCAAUGACAAAGUGCUGUUCGAGGGCAGUGGACGUGGAAAAAGCAAGUCAGUAGAAUUGGAGGAUGUUAAAUUUCAUCAGUGUGUUCGACUUUCACGAUUUGACAAUGAUAGAACGAUUUCUUUCAUUCCACCCGACGGUGCUUUUGAGCUUAUGAGCUAUCGUCUCACAACAGUCGUCAAACCGCUGAUAUGGAUUGAAACAAACAUUGAGAGGCACUCGCAUUCGCGGGUUGAAUUCAUGAUCAAGGCUAAAUCGCAGUUCAAGCGGCGCUCCACUGCAAACAACGUGGAAAUCAUCAUUCCUGUACCGUCGGAUGCCGAUUCCCCAAAAUUCAAGACAAGUAUUGGAGCAGUACGCUAUGCACCAGAGCAAAGCGCAUUUCGUUUGGACAAUAAAGAGUUUUCCAGGUGGCAAAGAGUAUUUGCUGAGUGCACAUUUCUCACUGCCAUCGGUAGUCGGAGAAGAAGUGGAAGGAAGGCCUCCAAUUAA